AUAUGUGAAAGGUUGAGCCCCAAUGCUGAAGUGCAGUCACCCAUGGCGUCGUAAGCAGACUUAGUUUUUUGUUGUUGUUGUUUUUUAAGUCUAACCAGAUCUUCUACUGUCGGUGGCUUGGCAGUAGCUUCAUUAUUUUUUUCAUUUCAUGUUUUGCCUGGCUUCCUGUGGCUUGUCACUGACAUCAGCUGGCAGAGACUGACUCCUCUUAUCUGUCGUCUGGUUGCAGUCGGGUUCAUUGCAACUUUCAGACAGUGAGCAAGGUCAGUGCAAGACAACAGCCCAACAACAGGACGGAAGAGGUCUGCUGCAAAGGUGGUUGCAUGUGGUGAACAUGGCUGAGACUUGUGAUAAAUGGCAGCAGAGAGGUGCUGGGGAGAAGAGAGGGAUCCAGCUUCAGUUCAUCGGAGGCUCCAGCAGCGUAUCCACUACUAAAACCACCACAAUCUGCCUUCGGGAUAUUUAUGAUCCCAAGCCUCAAUCUCCCAAAGCUCCUGUUCGGAUCCGCCCUCCAGGUCCCAGAACUCCCCCCGCGAAGGAGCCCAGCCCUCCCGCCGAUCCUCAGGUGAAGGCGAUCAUGAGGAGACGAUCUCAGUCUCUUCCUUCGUCCGCAGAGAGGAGGAAGGAGCUCCGGAACCUGCAGGUGCGCUUUGUGGACUCACUGGGCCUGGAGUUAGAGGCAGUGAAGGUCUUCAAAGUUCAAGAGCACCCCCUGAUACCCCAGCAUGUUAUGUUCAGACUGCUGAUGAGCUCUGAGCUGGCUUUUGGGAAGUCACUAGAGCUGUCCCUGCCUUACUUCAAACCCUGCUUCCCUGAAAACAUGGGAGCUCAGCCGGACUUCCGGAAGCGACUCUGCACCCAGAGUGUGUGUCUGGAGCAGGUCCUAUGUUCAGAGCAGGGGAUAACAGGCACUGUGCUAGUACUGAAUCUGGCUUAUGAGAAAGAGGUCAGGGUGCACUACUCUUUCACCAAUUGGAGAACACAUACGGAUUCAACCGCAUCCUGGGUGUCGAGUGCAAACCGGGAGGAGUGUGACACUCCACAAGCAGAUACCUUCAGAUUUCGUCUGCCAGUCCCUCCCUUCAUUUUGCAGCCAGGAGCAGUCUUGGAAUUUGCCAUCUGCUACCAUGUAAAAGCGUCUGAAUAUUGGGACAACAACAAUGGGCACAAUUACAAACUGUCAUGCCACAGCUACAAGGUGACUGUGCCAAGGGAGUGUGAGGAUAGCAUGCUGCAUUUUACAUGACUGUCCACGUAGGGGAGCUGUAAAACCUGCACACAGAUCUGUGCGACAAGCACUCACAAUUCUGUAACAGAAACGAUUACCAAUGUGUUACUCUACUUUAUUAUAAGCAGUGGUGGAAUGUUAUCAAGUAUUUACUCGAGUAGUCAAAGAUUUAAGUUAUUUACCUAAGCAUUUCAAAUCUCCAUUACUCCACUCCUCAAAAUUAAAAUACAAACCAUGCCAUCUGUUUAUAAUAUAUGCAGCAUUGUUAGAAAAGACACCCAAACCAGGCCCACCUUUAAUGAGACUUGCAUAAUGCGUCAGUAAUCAUAAGCAUAUAAUGUGGUAUGUAAUGGUAUCACACCGACCUUCUACUUUAUGCACAUUUUACUUUUACACCGUAACAUUUGUGAAUUUAGGACAUUUACUUGUUUUUCAAGUAUUUCAGUACUUAAGAGGGCAGUAGGCAAUUUUGAAGAAAGCUUUUUUCUCUCUUUGUUCUUAUUGUGAUUUCACUGCUCUGGCCGCAAACAUACGAUCUCGGGUAUGGGGUAUGGGAGUCUGAGGCAAUAACCACUAGGCCAAAACCUGCUAGUACGUCUCUUAAGGUGUCGACAAGUGACGUUUACAAAUGGCACUAGCAGUGUUGUGUUGUGCAAUCUGCAUCAUUUUUUGUUUUCGAUUUACAGAGCCUGGGCUGAGCAGAAAACCCAGAUUUGUAGCUUGCAGACCAUGAGGAAAUAUUUGCUGAUUUUUACAAAACCUGUAUUGCUUUAGAAUCACUUACAGCAACUGUAAUGAGUUUUGUUCGUUUCAUAGGGUAAAUUUAAAGCCUUGUUUUGUUUUUUAACCCCUGGUGGUUUGAUUCGACAUGGAGGUGUACCCCAGGGCCCUGUGACAUCACUGCUGGUUGACAGCGCCUUGCAAAAGAUUGACUGAACAUCAUGUGUAGAAUUGUCAAAAUACCCCUUUAAAACAUUCUAGUCUGUUUGAAGUCAUACAAGGUUUGUGUGAUUCAUCCUGCUGAGCUUUUAUUUAGAUGAAAUCCCCUCCGCCUCCGGACCCGCAGAAGAAUCUGCUCAUCCUGCUCUUUGGCAAGUCUAGUGACCCAAUUUAAUGACUGGCAGCGUGAGUUAAAAAAAACAACACUGUGUCUUAACACAGAAAUUGCACAAAAUAACAAAUCCAUACUCUCCGCUGAAUUGACACAAAUGAAGUAGACGUAAUGAUCUGUUUUCAACCUGAGCAGCUUGUUUACUUUCUGUGGUGGCCAACAGGGUUUGACAUGUUAUCACAUCUGUUGACCUGUGCCUGGUUUCUGUUGGAUCCCGACAGUGGCUGACCUUUCACCAGAGAGUUUCCACAGAUGCCGGUGCCCAGAUUCCAUAGAGCUUUCUGGCAGGCUGCGUCGUCUGGCUCAUCGGAGGGCAUUCUUCCAUCCGCAUCAGUCGCUGCCGCUGUCUGGCUACAUGAUAGCAGCUACCUGAACACCCAGAAAUGAACAUGAGCAUAUUGCCCAUCAAUCUGAGAAUACCAAAAUAAUGGAAUUUUUUGUUCAAGCUACAAUCUUUGAUUCAAAUUGCAUCAAAUAUAAAUUCUCAAUGGUGGACAAUAAUUGUGAUAAUUUGUAUAAGAUAAGAUUAAUAAUAAUAAUAAUUAAUAAUAAGAUCAUUUCAGUCAGUUUUUGAAAGAAGUCCACUAGUUCUGUUUUAUUAUCUGAAUAAGCUGUCAUUUCUAUUGAUUCUGAUCAGCGAUGCUUCCAUUCUGACUUCUCUUAUGAUGAAUCAUAAUUUGUAAAACAUUCUUGGAACAAGAUUGUCUGGAUAAAAGCUUUACAAUGAUCUGACAAGCAUUUUUAUUUCAUUUACGCUAAGAAAAAUGUACAUCCGUGUAAGAAUUAUUUAAAUUUAAUAAGAUCCACAGUGGUUUUGAAGUUCUUCAUGUAUAUUGCUGACAUGAUAUGCUUGCAGAUCUGCUGUUUGCUUAGUGACCUCUCACUCCAGGAAUGCUGAUGAUUUCACAUACAAUUUUUGUGGCAGUCAUAUGCUGCAGUUUUGGGACACAAGAGGGUGCCGUUGUUCAAAUUUAAGACCCUAAUUGUGGAUUAGGGAUUCUUUCACUCAUCACAAUGCUCUGUUACAAGUAACAGUUCUGCAUUCAUAAUACUUAAUAUUUGUUAUACAGUAUUUGUAUUUGUAAUACAGAGAGGCAGAAUGGCAGCUGUCUGUCAUAUUAUUGUUAUAAUUAUAGCACUUUAUUACUUUAGGUGCUUGACAAGCAAUUAUUGAUUACUUUGUAUACGUUUGGGCUGUAUCUGUAAUAAUUCAUCAUAUUUCAUGAGAUGAUCUCAUGUUUUGUGUAUAAAAUCUUAAGCUGAAAAGUUAUAAGUAACUGUAGCUGUCAAAUGAGUAAAAAAGUGCAAUAUUUUUCUCUGAAAUGUAAGCAGAAGACCCACAUAAAAGACCUCAAAAAUUGCAGUUAAGUACAGUACUUGAAUAAAAGUUUCAACAACUUUCAA